UGUUUCACAUGCUACAUCCAAUUUUUUAUAUAUUUUAAUUGACUUCAUUAAUAAUUAUAGUAUUUAAAUAUCGAAAUUUUUUUUUUAUAUUUAAUUUCAAAGCCAUUUCAGAAUCAAUUCAAUGUUAAUAAUAAUUAUUAUAUUUAUAAAUAUUUACGUGUACAAAUAAACUCACGUGUAGCCCACGUGUUCGUGAAGUGUGUUCACUAAGAGGUUAUUUAUAUUGUUUUUUUUACCACCAAGUGAUUUUAAUUAUUUGUUUAUACAAAUAAUUAAUAUAUUAUUUAAAUAAUAAGUACCUGUGAGUGUAGUUUUGUGCAUAACAUUUAAAAAAAUGGGCCUGACGUGCUAUAUAUGCCGACGCAAAGCAUCAAAAAGUGAUCGAAUCUCUCUACACAAGUUUCCGAAAAAUCCAAUACUCAGAAAUAAGUGGAUUACAGCGUGUAAUUUAUCCUCCAAUGAUAAUUUAACGUACAUUUACAUUUGCUCAUUACAUUUCAAUUCUAAUGAUGUCGAUCGAGGAAAUCAAUUUCAAACAAGAUGUACCUUAAGAUCAAAUGCAGUCCCAUCAAUUGAUAUCCCAAAUAAAAUGUACAACAAUGAAAAUGCAAAUACUUCAAAUAUAGAUGCUUCGUGUAAGAAUUCUCUCAGUGAUAAUAUACUAAAUAUUGGUAGUGAAAAUAUUGCAAAAAAUAAUGAGUUUGGAAUAGAACAUACAAAUAUAAAUAGUGCAUUCAAUGAUAUGGCUCUUAAUGUCGACACAUUUGACAAUGUGAUUGCUCAUGCCAAUCAAAUUGAAAUACUGACUGAUAAUGAUGAUAAUAAAACAGAGAAUGUCCAAGAAUCACCAUUACCUACAAAUAUGUCUGGUGAUGAAAAUAAUUCUCCUCAAUUAUGUGAUGAUGUUAUAAAACGACGUCGAUUGGCUAUUGCAAAAGCUACUGCGGCCAGUGAAGUAGAUCAGCAUUUUGUACAAUCUGAAAGUAUUUAUACUACGCCUAAGAGAAGAGUCUUCGAACCAAGAUAUAUUUCUGAGAUCAAGACGCCUGAUUUUGAAUCACCAAGAAGAACUAAAAGAAUUCUAAGUUUUGUCCGUGAAGCAGAUAAAAAAAAAUCAAAAAUGAUCAAGGCACUUAGGGAGAAAAAUCGAAAGUUAGAGAAACGAAUAUGUUUAUUGGAGGAAAUAGUUGCACACUUAAAAAAAAAGAAUAUGGUGACUUGCCCUUAAAAAAAAAGAAUAUGGUGGCUUGCCCUUCUCCAAUUGCCAAUUCUCCCUCUACGGUAGUGACGCUUGCGCACAACAGUUCAAAUGAAAAGAAAGAGACAGACAUAUUCAUUUUCUGUCUCACUUCAUAGGCCAUGCGCCCACUUACGGGAACUAGCAAUAUAGGAGUAUUAGAUAUAUGAAGUUUUCCGACCAAACCACUCUUUUCUUGGUUUUAUAUACUAUACUAAAGUAAACAUGUCUCAUGAUUGAAGCACCUCGCACAAUUUUCACCAGUCUUUUUACAAAAUCGUUAAAUCAAGUAACAAUUACCUGAUGAUGAUGAAUGUAUUGAUGCAAUUUGGAGUAAUUUGAAUAAUGAAGAUUUAAAAACAUUCCUUGAUGCUGAAAGGUCACCUAAUGAUAGACAAUCCUCUUUACUGACUCGGAUAAUGUGGAAUAUAAAAUAAAAUAUUAUGAUUCUAUUUAAUGGAUGUCAUUAAAUAAAUAAGUACAUAAAUAAAUGAUAUUACAAGUAAAUUUAAUUGGUUGAAGAAGAAAUUUUUUUGAUAUGCUGUUGGAAAGAUUAUGAGAGAGUAAUUCAUUGAAGGAUCCUUUAAAUACAGUCUAUUUAUGUUGCCGUUA